GGCCAAAAGCUUCCCCGUUGCCUUGGAAACCUCGCGUCCAGGCAGGGGAAGCACUGCUCUCCCUCGCAGUGUGUCAGUUCCGAGUGACGAGAGCUGACGCAGAGGUUAGGAGGGCAUGGCGGGACCAGGUAGCGUGACGGGGGGGAGGGCAGCAUGAGCCGUCCUGAAGGCGAGGCAGCAGCAGCAGGGGACACGUGCCGCCAGACCCUUCUGCAGGAGGUGUUCGACCAGGACUACCACGUCACGGACCAAGACGUGGCCGAAUACUGUGAGAAGCUUGGCAUCAGCAUUGAGGAGAGGCCCCACCUGCUGCCCCUGGCUCGAGCCGCGCUGCUCCACCCCCUCCCCUCCCGCUGGACACCUGUAGAAGACCCAAAGCUUGGCCUGUACUUCUUCAAUCAUCGCACGGGGGAAAGCCGCUGGAGCCACCCCAUUGACACCAUCGUGCGUGCCCUCAUCACCGGCGAGAACAACAACGCUCCCAGUGCAGAUUCACUGACUGAGGAGCUUGACGAGGAGGAGCUUCAGAUCUCGGAGUUCCUGAAGGCCCAUGUUAGUGACGAGAAGCCGAUUCAUAACGAUGGCAACGUUCCUUCCGAGCACACCACCACCGACGCCUGCACGCUUACCAGCCAGUGCCUCAGAGCCUCAGACGGGCCACCGCUGAGGCCAUCCACACACCCCAGCCGUCCUUGUGUGAUCAGUACAUUAAAUGGCGUAGAAAAGGAGUCUGGAGAGAAGAAAUGCCGGAGUGACAGUGAGGGCAGUGACGGGGGUGGCAGCAGGGGUCGGGAAAGUAGUGUUCCUGUGCCUUCAAAGGGCGGGGAAGGCAAUGAUCACGCCGACAGUAAGACGCAAGAGGAUAUUAGUGUGAAUGUGAAGGACUUGAACCAGAAGGAGGACCGUUGCGGUGACAGUGUUCGUGAAAGUAACGGUAAGGAGUGUGAGGCUAGUGACGGGAACGCGAACUCUGAUGUUGAGGACUCGAGGCAGUGGACUGAACAAGAACACGACCACAGUGUAAGUAGUCCCCAUCGCCCCUCCACCGCCUCCAGCAGUGCUCUGGGCCCGGCCAUGUUCACUGGGAAAGAUGGUCUUGGUCGGGGUCUCGGUCGUGCCCCGCUAGGGACUCCUUCUUCUCUGGCAACACCACCUCCCCUUGGCAGACCUUCUCUCGGGGGCUCGCUCAUGGGCGCCGCCAGAGUGCCUCCCAUCGGGGGACAACUUACCCCUCUGGCGCCCAUCGCCGCGGCCAGCAGAGGCGGCCCGCCCCAGCUGGCACCUCUGAAACCUGUGGGGUCCAUCAGUCAGCAGCCCCUAGCCAACAAGGAAGGACAAGGGGUUCAGUCUCUGAGGAAAACCAACACCCAUGACCAGCAUGGGAGUGGCAGGUGGCCUGAAAAGCAAGCUGGGGGAAGGAGAGGGGAAGAGCGAGGGUUUGGGGACAGCACAGAUCGAGGCCUUUCUUCUCCCCCUAAGUCCAUCCUGAAGGGACCUGUGUUGGCAAGAGGCUCAGCUGGCCGAGGACAGUCCCAAGGACUGGACCGCAUGCAGCUGCUGCAGCCCAAGGAGACCAGAAACAUUCGCUUCGACUUCAGGACAGAUGACUUGGAGUUUCACACAUCUGAGGAGGAGUAUGAUGAGGAGUUGGAUGAGGAAGAAGAAGAAGAGGAGGAAGAAGAGGAGAAUGGGGAUGAAGAUGAAGAGGAGGAAUAUGAAGAGGAAGAAGAGUAUGAUAGUGAAGCUGAGGAUCAUGAGGAAGAUAACAUGUACAGAGACAGGGAUGAUCUGAAUGAAGGUAUAGGAGCUGGACUGAUGCUCCAAGAUGCCUCUGACCUGAUGCUCUCACAACCAGCUCCAGUGCCUCUAAAACAGCAGUCUACUCUACCUCAUGGACCAGACCCUUGGGCUGCUGAGUACCCAAAGAAGCCCCAACCACAGGACAAGAUUCAUGACCCUCUCAGGGAUUUCAGAAGAGAAAAAGAUAAUGUGGAGAAGGCAACAAAGAAACCGUCAGAAGCAAUAACUUUGCAGACUCCAGUAAAGAUGCCUGAGCAGAUUAAACCUCUUGAAACUGGAGAUAAUAAGGUGCAAAAAUCAAUGAGUGAGAAUUUAUCUGUGCAAAAUCAUCAUAACAAACAAUCUCCAGCCAAUUCCUCAGGCAGUAAAACCCAGCAAGACGCUCCAGCAAAUCAAAAUACACUGUCUUCAGGGAUAAAAAAUCAGAAUGUCAAGACACUUGAACCUAAACAACAAGAAGACAGGAAGCUUGAGUUAGAGGGAGCACCAAAGAAUAGAAGAGUUAACCCUCUUGACCGUGUUGUGGCAAAACUGAGUGGGAAGACAGAAGAGAGAGGUGGGGCUGAGGAGUCCAAGCCUUCAGGAACCAUAAAAAAUGUCACAGUUAAUCUUACUCAGCUUAUGACAAAAGAAGAGGAGAGUGAGGAUGAUUACACUUCAAGAGAUGAUAAUGAUGAUGAUGAUGAUGACUCCCAGUCUGAGGUUAAGACAAGUCAGAAGGAUUUGCAACAGAAAAGUCAGAUCCAAAUUGCGCAGCAAGAGGCAGAGGUCAGUGAACUGAGACGCCAACAUGAGACUCAGCUGAAGGUUUUGAAGGAACAGUUAAACAAAGAAUAUCAAAACUUGCAGGAGAAAUUAAAACAGGAACAUAAUUCUGCUCUCAACAAGCUCAGAGAUCAAGAAAAGAAGACAUUUGAAUCAUCACAGAAUAAAAUUUUACAAAAAGUUAAGGAAGAGAAUGAGAAAAGUCUGAGUGAGGCCAAAGCUCAGCUUGAGGAAGACCAUGGUAAGAAGAAAAAGAAGCUUCUUGAAUAUUUACAAAAUGAGACUGAAGAAGAGUUAGAGCAGCUGAAGAUAGUAUUUGUGAGAGAAAUGCAGCAGAGGAAAGAGGAGCUGCUGAAGGAACAUGAGGAGGAAAUGCAGGAAUUGGAGAAGGAUCUGAAGGAGUUGUACUCCCAACAGAAGAUAAGUAAGCAGGAGGAGAUUGAUGCCACCCAAGCUGCUGCUGCUGCCAGAAACAGCAAUGACUCAGCAGCAGCAGCAGCAGCAGCAGCAGUGUCAGAGUUGGAGCUAAGCAUGGCUGAGGUGUUACGACAGAGACAGACACAAAUCAAGCGAGAGCAUAAUCGACAACUGGCCACAUUGGAGGAGAAGCUUGAUGAAGAGCUGGAGAAAGCAGCAAGACAGGCCAAAGAAAGAGAAACUGUGGAAAAGAGGAAUCAUUCAGCUCGCUUGACUGCUCUCAAGGACGAGCAUGAGAGAGAGCUGAGUGAGCUGGAAGACUCCCAUGCGAGACACAUACAGGACCUGGAAGCUGACCAUGAGGCUGACGUGGGAAAACUCAAGUCCGAAUUUAGGGCGGAGUUAAUGAUACAAAAAACUGAGCUGGAAAACAAAUUAACGGAGUUCAGAAUUGAAUAUGAACAAAAAAUGGACAGUUUGGCACAGGAGGAACAGCCUGAAGAAGGUGGUGAGGCUUGUGAGGAAAAAUCAAUUGAAAUGAAUGAUGACAGAAAGCAAGAUGAUGUUAUGAAUGAAGUGCAAGAGGAUGCCAGGGCAACGUAUGAAGACAAAACAGGAGGAAAGAAAAGACUUGAAGAUGAAGAAAAGAGAUAUGAUGAAAUCUUGAUAGAAUUGCAAGAAAGGCGUAAGAGUUUAGAAGGUGAUUUAGAGGAAUUAAAAGCUCAGGAAAGCAAAGUCAAAGAAUUAAAAACUCAGCACUCAGCAAAGUCUCACUCACUUUGCAGUAAAAAUUCUUGCAUCCAUGAAACCAAAUACAACCGCUUGAAAGCAAAGUACUCCAGUUUGGUAAACCGCAUCAAAUCUAAAAAAGCCAAGAGAUCCUCCAGACCCUCACCAGUCAACCACAACAGUGCAUCAGUUUCCAGUGAUAAGAGCAGCAUGGAGAGCAAUGGCAACAUGUGGGACAGUGGUCAGGCUUCUACAGACCUUACCCUUAGCACCACAUCCCCUGGCCCACACCGCCCAAUGCCACACAGGAGCUUCCACCAUGGCAGCACCAGCGAGGCCAGUGAGGAUGAGGAUGUUAGGUUUGCUACAGAAAUUUUAGAGAAGUACAAUAGAGCUUCUGGUCAAAGCAGUGCUUGGGAUUUGCAGGCUGGCCAUUCAAAGCACAGAGUCACCACCCCAGUGUCCAGCACCCCAAAAAAGGCCUGGGCAGAAGAUGAAUUGCUUGUUCAAGGUAGAAAAGAACUGAGGAGAGCAGAAAAAUUCCUUAAGUCCAGACAAAUGAAAAAUCAUCGAAAAAUGGAGAGCAUAACAGCUGAAGAUAUACAUAGGGAAAUAUUGCGACAGAAUGCAAAGACAAGACAUGGGCGCACCUCACUGGUGUAUGGUGGCUCAGUGACAUCAGACACAGAGAGUGAUGAGCCAACCCAUGAUGUGCCUUCACCCGCCUCAGACUUUGGGCUGGACAGGAUGCUGGAACAAAUUGGUUCUGCUAACAAGAGAAGUCAGACUCGGCUCCAGCAGCACUCCUCCAAGGGACACAGAGCCCCUUAUCCGACUGGCAGUCUGGAGUUUGGUCUUAACAAUCCCCUCAAUACUCAUUCCUCGGCAGGUCCCUUGCACCUGGAGCAUCUCACUAGUGGAUCGGUGCCAGAUCUUGGACCAGAAACUGUUGACAGAGUUGCCAACAUAAACCAUUAUUUGCAACAAAGAUGGACAAGCUAUUUUGGAGAGCUAUCAGUACCUCUUGGGGGCAAGGUGGGAUGGCCAUCUCAGGUCAUUGGGCAGUCCACAUUCCUGGCAAACAAGGCUGCUGUACCACCCACUGAUCCCAACAUUCCAGAGAAGCAGGAGAAGAGGACUUACUUCAUGACUGAUGGCAAAGGACAAAAACCCCAGGAAAACGUAAAAAAUGUUAAUGAGAGAAUAGAUGACCUUCGAGUUUGGCUGCAGGAAGCUCAGGCAACCUCUGUGAGCUUUUAUGACAAGUAAAGGAAAAGUAUACAUUUGAGGGAUUUAAGCUGAGCUGUAUUUUGUCAUGUACUCAUCUAUCCCCUUACCCAUUCCACCCGUGAUGGUGCUCAUAUGUCGCUUUAACAGUUCCACCUUUGAUGGUAAAUACUCAUAACAUUGCAACAUGUGUUGUUUGUGUUUUUCAUCUUCAGACCAUAAAAAUUGAGCCUAGCAAGUUUAAUAGAGAAGUAUGUUUUAAUGAUUUGUUUGAUAUUUCAACAGCUCUCAUGACCUGUCUAGUCUUCCAUUUGCCUUGACCUCUAAGGAUCAGGGAUUACAUACAUACUAUGCUACAGAAAUUGUAAUAUGUUCCUGAUAAUGAUUUAUUACACAUUUUACUUACCUUUCAAAAAUAUAAAAACCCGAUUCUUCAGAAUAUUCAGUAUUUUAGAAUCAAUCAGUGCUAUUCAGAAACAACUUAUCUUUUUGAGUUUCAGGGUUAUAGUCAUGAAAUCUCCAUCAGAGUUUUAUAAGACACAGGGAGUAGCCAUUUAACACAGAUCCUCCUUUCAGCCAGCAUUGUCAUUUGGUAUUGUAACCUAAGAAUUAUGUACUUCCCAACUAUUAUGGCCUUAAAAUCAUGACAGUGUAGUUGUGGUAAUGUGGUAGAGAUAGUUUGAUACUCUUACUUUUUUCAAGUUUUAGGGCUUGAGUAUACUAAGUGAGAUUACACAUGUGUCAAAUAGACUUGCUCAAGUCAUAUCUUUUCUUAGCUAAUGUUACCUGCUUCAACCAAUAAACAGGCACUUAGUCCUCUUAUGAUUACAUCUUUAACUUUGAGGACUUAUUCUAACAGUCACAUAUAUUACCAUUAAUUAUAUAUUACACUAUCUACACUCAACCAUUAAACAUUGCCUUUCCAAUCUUCAAAAAAAUUCAAUCCACUUCUUUGAUUAGCUGAGUCUCAGCUCACCCAGGUGCUGCAAUGUGCUCUCUUGCCAGCUGAGCCCUCAUGUCAAGCCCAUUGGAAGCAUAGAAUUGUGUGAUGUACAAGUAGGGUGCUGGAAAUCUGCUCUUACCCACCUGGCUGAUUCAUGUUUCCCUGAACAGAUUGGGCAAGUCUAGUCAUGUUUGGACUAGCAGAAAGAGAGAGAGAGAGAGAGAGAUGAAAGGUAUGCAUCUCUCUCUUUUUCCUUUUUGUGUGUUCAUGAGCACCUUUUAAUAAAUAUCAGCUUAUGAAUACAAAAGUACAACAAAUACAUUUCAAACUCAAUUCAGUAAUGAAAAUAAUUAAAUAAUGUGAUCAUUAUUGAGUUUAGAUUUGUAGAAUACAUACAUAACAGGAGUGAUGUAUUUUACAAAUACAUAUUGAUGUUUAUAUUUUUAUACUGAUAUCCUUGCAAAGUGUUAUUUGGGAAUCUCAAACAUCUUUAUGAAUGUAAUAAUAGUUCUUAUCUACUACUUGAUUAUUUCUCAUAUCAUGAUAUUUUGAAGGAAUAUAAGAUUGUGAUUCUAGUCUUGCUCAUACGCAGUCCACUUAUCUAGUCAUUCUUUAGCUUAAAAAUUUACACUACAAAAGCUUUAGUGAAUACCACAUAUAUUUAAUUUCAUUUUCAAGAUGUAUGCUACUUUACUAUGUACUUCAUAAGAAAAUGGAGAUGUUUGAAAGCACAGUGUUAUUUUUAGAAGAUAUAUGUAUCAAUGUAAGGAUCAGGGUGAUUUACAUAACCUCUAUAUCUGAAGAGCCUGAAAAACACAUUGCACUUACAUGAAUGUGUAUGAACAUCAUGACUGAUUGAAAUAUUUAAUAGUCUCAUUUAUUUUCAGGAUUUUUCUUAUACAUAUUCAACAAGUAUGUAGUACAGUACAUAUUUACAGUAUCUAGUCAUGUAUAUAUUAGUAUGUUUGUAUGUAUGUAUGUAUGUAUGUAUAUUAUAUUUUGUAGUAUAGAAAGUAGAUUGACUCUAUCUAUAUAGAAUAUUCAGAAAUGUUGUUGAGGUGCUCAGAAAAAUGUGUGUCUUACAAGCAGCAGUAUUGUGCUUAGCCUUAGUCCACAUAAUCUCAGCUGAGCCUUGAGGAAAACUUUGCCGUCCAUAUUUGGCCUUAAGAAAGUUGUGUGUGAGGAUUGUUAAUGAAUUAUCCUAACCAACUUCACUUGUGUGUGUGGGGGAUUAGUUUUAACAAAUUUGAAUGCUAAUAUUAAGAGGCUUGUUGAAAUUGACUUUUUAGUUCUCUAUAAACAUGUAUCUUCUUUUCUGUAAAUCCAUAUAUUUUCAGAAACACAGUAGUUGUGAAGUUGCUCAAUUUCUGAAGUACAUUUCUCAUAGCUUUAUGCAUUACUGUUCCUUAGUGAGCAGCAGUAUACUGACGAGCUUUGUUUCAUUUAUGUAUUUGAGAUUAUUGGAGAAUUAUUUUGUGUGGUCAUCUGUAAAGAUUUAUAAAGCUACAACAUUUAUUUGGUAUUAAAAUUUCUUAACCCUUUGAAAAUAAUAUUAAUAUCCUAGUCUUACAUAUCAUACUAAUUUGAAGGUAAAAAUGUUUACUUGUAAAAGUAAACUAAUGUAGUAAAGUGGAUAUUUUUUUCUGCAAAAUUUAUUCAUCUGCUCUUAAUACCCUAAGAAGUAGAACUGUACAUUAAUCAUAAUUGAAGUAGAACUGUACAUUUAUCAUAAUUAAAUACUAAAAUCUAGUGAAUAGACUCUUCAGUAGAUAAAAACAAAUAACAAAUUACAUGUUGAAAUACUCUGCUGUUUUGAGGUCCCUUAGUUCACCUGUUGCUUAAUAAAACAAAACCAACAUGUAAAAGUAGGCAAAUAAAAUUAACAUGAUAAUAAUCACAUUACCAAUAUCCAGAAAUUAGGAGAAAAAUUGGAUUUUUUUUCUUUUUUCACUGACUAUAAAUUGAAGGCAAAAUUUAUAGAAAAAAAUGCAACAGGUUCAUAUGAAGACUCUCUUCACUUUUUUGGUCUCAGUGUAACCAAAGGGUUUCAUACCAUAGAUUUGCUUGAAGAAAUAAAGGAAACUACUUUUAUAAAUAUGUAAAAUACUCACAUAUGCCACUCUCAUUGAUUAAACUAAAAUAGAAGGGUAACAAAAAUUACUCAUCCAGACUCUUGUUACUAGCUGGAGUAUUGUUUGUAUCUAACUUUUCAUCAUCUGGGAACAACAUUUAAUCUGGCUAUCUUCUAUUUGAAUAUUUUUCACAUUUAAGUCCAUAAUUUUUUUUCUAUUUUCCACAGAAAACAAAUUCCAUGAUUGCAUCACUAGAUUUCCUUUUAUAUUGGACAAGAAACAGAAGAAAAACUGAAAUAUAGUAGCAUAUCACAGCAAUAUACGUAGGGGAUGGUGGGCAGCCAGAAGACUAGUGUGAAUCUGCCUAGAUGCUGCCAGUCUUUAGAAAAUAAGGACCUUGAAGUGAUAUGCCACACUGCAGGUUAGUAAUCUUCGAGGCAAUGGUUAAUAUUUAUCAUAUGUUCCAACCAGCAACAUUCCUGCCUUGUGCUGGUAGAGCCAGGUCUUGAUUCUGGUUACUGUUGAGAAAGAGAGGGAGAGGGUGUAAGGAACAGCAUCAUAGGUUUCAGCAACUACAUUCAUAUUGGGAGAAUACAAACUUGUGAAGAGCUAUUAUUCACCAUACUGAUGGUACAGGUUUAUUCAAAAGUUUAUAAUUUUUUUGCAUUAAAUUCCAGUAGUCUUUAUAAAGAUAAUAUGUAUCUAUUUAAUCACAAUAGUGUUGGAUUAACUUCAACAAAUAACAUCUUAAUGAAGUGCCUAACAUUCAACUGUACAAUAGACAGCUAACCUGCUUUUGCACACUAUUCAUAACAUUAACACACACACACACACACACACACACACACACACACACACACACACACACACACACACACACACACACACACACACAC